AAGCCCAAUGAAAGUUCAACCAAAAUAAGCCUAAUGCAACGAGGGUAGUUUUGUACUCUGGUGAUCUAUUCUCCUUCUUCCACCCCUGAAUCGCCUGUUCCGGUACUGCGAUUCUCUGACACCGGAAGUAACCGGAGCUUCCAAGGUAAUGCCAAUCUUUAUGAUUAAUAACGCGCUCGUUAUGAUUCGAUUUUUUUCUUACACCCAUUUUUUUUGAAGGGUUAUUCCUUCUGUCAAAGUAUCAUGAUUUAGAAGCAGCGGAUUCCGAUGAAAGCAAGAAAACAGGGCAUUAAAUUCAUCAGCCGAGAUAUACGGCGGCGGAACAAUGAUUGCGCCGCUCUCUCAUCCACAACAACAGCUUCAAUGUCGAAGACCCUAUCACUGUGGUCUAGUCAUCCUUGAUUGUAUCACCUCCUCCUGUGCGUCUCUGCCCGUUGAUUGUGGCCUCACCCACACCCACCCGCCUCCCCACUACGAAAACUAUUUGGGUCCAAUCCAAGGGACUUGAAUUGAUCCACCUAAUUCAUGAACAGAGCACUAGACGUGUUAAAAAUGGAAGCUUUUGGUGACUGAUGUUGAAACUUUGAAACUGAUAUGGAAGAAAGGUCACCAACAUUU